UGGAUCUCUACUGUCCAGUGUAUGGUUUAUUUUGUCUGCAGGACUAUUUAAUAUGGAAUAUUGGGAGGCUCUCUGAUUAAGAAUGGAGUGGAUUAUCAGCAAUAGCUUUAUAGGAUCAGGCAGGCAGCAGAGGGCCUUGGUGAGCACAGAGGAGGAAUGUGAUCCAACUGCCUGCUAUGACAGUUUCCGACAGCAUUGGCAGCAGGCAUUGAAAAUCAUAAAAAGGAAUCAGCAACUGCCUAGCCAAGAUGAUGUUUUGGGCAUUGUCAAUAACCUGGAGCAAAUGGUGUCCUUGCUCCUGUAUGAUCUGAAGAAAGUUGACCAAAUGACGUUACCAAUUUCUACAACUUCUCAGUGCUUAGAUUACUUGAUGACAGAGAACAUUUUGAAUCAGUUGUUUGAAUGGGGAAUUCGAACAGGGAAAUAUGCACAUGCUGUUAAAUUGGAACAAUUGAAAUUGUAUGAGAUGCUGGUGAAGGAAUCCAGACAUCUUCUGUUAAUGCAUGAACCAUUUCUGCAGCCACUGAUGAAGUUGUUGCACUCUUGUCAGAAUGAGUUGUUUCCAAAGCAAAUUGAAAAGCACCUAGUUACUUUGUUAUACCAAUUAUGUAUAGUGUUAAUGCAAAAUAUUGACUUAGUUGAUUUAUUUUUUCCUAAACACAUUGAGAAACCAAAGUUUAUAAUAUUUGCAUUGUUGAUACCAUUUAUGCAUCGAGAAGACAACAUUGGGAUGCAGGCGCGUGAUUCCUUGUUGCUGUGCAUGUCUUUGUCGAAGAAGAACAGCAAUAUUAGGGAAUACAUUUUGGAGCAUUCGAACGUUGUUGUAAUGUUAACCUCCGGUUUGGGGGGACUUUAUUCGGCUUUGCCGCAUAUUCUGGAUGGUGCUGUGCCUGAUUGGCACCGGUUAACCCAAGACGACGUGAACGAAAUCAAAGAUUUAUCGACGUUCGUAACGUCCUUGGAAUUUAGCAAUAAUGUAAGCCAAAUGGCUGAUCCACUUAUAAUCAAACAACUGCAGGAGUUCAUCUACAUGGGCUUCCUAAUCCCGGUGCUUGGUCCAGCGCUCCUGCAGAAUUCAGUAGACGAACAAAUUGCCGUCAUGGCAUACCUAGAGCGCAUAUUACGUACUGUCACAAACCCAGGUUUGUUGCAUCCGGUGUUAAGGUUCUUAUUAACUGUAGAAUACGAUGGGCAAAGGUUAUUAGAUAUAUUAAUGAAAAGGAUUCGGUCUACGGAUCCGCAACUUAGUUUAGUCUCGUUAGCACUGUUUGAAACGCUAAUCGAUUUGAAUUGUGAGGAUGUCAUGUUGAAACUAGUCUUCCAUCACUUGCAACCUUGUCUGCACUUAAUGAUUUCACAACGAAAGCUUACGUUCCCUCUGGAUCCACACUGCCAGAGCUCAGAAAAGUUCCUAAACUUGUCGCCCAUGUGCUGCGAAGAUAUCUUGCUCACACCCAACAUCGAUGGGCGUCCCGUCAAUUGGAAUCACUAUGGUGGCCAAACUAGUCUCUAUGGCAAUUACCAUGCAUACCUCUGCGACGCCAAAAACAAAAUCAACGGCUGCCAGAUGGCUUGCACCGCUUGGACACAUUCGUACACGGGCUGCGAAAAUUUAGAAAAUUCUGAGGAAAAUUCGACGAGUUUGCCGUCUUUGGGUGAAAGCAGUGGUUACGAAAGUUUAAAGGUAAAAUUGGAGAGUCAUUUUGAGGAUAACAGCUCGACGCCUGUUUGGCAAAUUUCGCAGAACGAACAAAUCAAAAACGGAAUGAAUAUGAGUAACCAAGUAUUCGCCGACAUCGAUUCCGGCACAGCCGGACCUUUCCUGACAAUCAUCUUGGAACAACUGAAAAACAUGCUGACGAACUCGCUCUACAUCAAUCUGCACCUGACCGGGCUCAUAUCGAGAUUAGCAGUUUAUCCGCAACCCCUACUUCGAACUUACUUGCUUGACCAUAGCCUAGUUCUUCAACCAAAUGUGCCAUCACUAUUUCAGAUUUUAGGAUCGCUGAAGCAGAAAAUUGAUGAGUUCAUGAGUAAGCAGCCUGAGAAAGUUCAAUUGAUCCAUCAAGCCAGACAUUUCCUCGUGGAACGGGAGACGCGCCUUGUACAAGCUAAAAAAGUGGCUUUGGACAGAUCGAAUUCCAUAAGUUCGACGACAACGAGCAACGACGACCAGCCCUUCCAGAGGAACGGUUCCCGCAGGAGCUUGACCCAAACGAUUUCGAGCAUGUUUGGCAAACGGCAAAGCACGAGCCAAGAGACCAGUAUCCAGCUAGUACAACAAACUGAUGAAAGCAAGAGCGUCAUCUAUCCGAAAUUUAAUGACGCUCAGCGAGUCGCUGUGUGCGCAGUCCUUUUAGAUGAGUGGGUCAAGGAACUCGCAGCUCUAGCUCAAGAACACGCCAUUAGCCAAUUAGCAAUUCUAUUAAAGUAAAACGAGUAUCUAAAGUCUAAGGACACUCUCUUCUCGCGAACAGUGCAAUGAUUAUUUAUCGGAGAGGGUAGCCUUGAUCCUUAACCUUUUGAUGCAAGUCGAACUACGAGUUUAGAAUGUAUACAGUGUAACUAACGCUUUUCCUCCUGUGAUCAAUGAGUUGUAUGAAGGAAAAAGAAGUGUGUCUUAAAGAUUAGACACUUGUCGGUCUGCCAAAUUUGAAAAAUCCGACCAAUUUAACCACUUUUGAUGUACAAAACUUAUUCUCUUCUGUUUUGUAUAACUUAUUUUAACCUUAUUAUUUUUAUUGUACACAAAAUUUAUCUGUGAUCUCUUUUAUGUGUAUGAAAGUAAAAUGAAAAACAUAACGAUUAUAAUAU